GUAAAACAGAGCUUACAACAGUUGUAUCGCAGUGGACAGAGUAAGCAACAUUCAUAAGAAGAAGAAAAGGGUUUUUUUCCUAACAAGCCAGCUUGUGUCGGCAGUUAGCAACAAAUGCAUGACAAAUCCAUUCGCUUGGCAGGAGAGACAGGAUGCAACAGGUAUUCCGUAGAGAAGGUAUAAAUCUAUACUAUUAUUCAAACAAAACAAAGAAGUUCUCUCUUGACUCUUGGUACCUGCCUCAGCUGCACCUACUCGAAAGCAAAGGAAACAAGAAAAGCAAGGCAGCUACGGACCAAUACUUCAUACAUCCUUCCCGGACGAGACAAGAAAGGGAUCUUACAGACAGGAAGCACCGCCCGGAACAGCAACAACUACAACGACGGGUAACUCGCUGGAAAAAAGAAGUCACAACUAGAUCAAGACCUAAGGAGACUUCGAGCACACAUCUUCCCUAUCACGGCUCAUACUAAGAAAGACUCUCUAGUAAUGACAGAGCAGCUAGCCGCUCAAUCGUGCCUUACCUCAGUAGAUGCAUACGCACAACCCGGAAGGCACUCCUUCCCUACAACUUGUUUACUUAGGAAUCACAGCUACGCCAGCAAUCUAUCUCAUCAAGCUACGUAGAACCAGGAGAGGAGUGACUCUUAACUGUGCUCUAGCAACAAGCCAGCUAGCCCUUAUAGUGCCCGAAGCGAGAUCGGAGUAGGAAGACCAUGAGCGGAAAGGCGUUCCUCGGGACUGACGUGACUCUUCCACUUGACCGAUGAGGUGAAGGAGUGAGAACUCUUACUAUAACAGAAGAGAAAAAACAAACAGUUCCCAAGGAAGAAACAGUGAAACACAGCAAACAACCCGGGAAGGAUCUAUACACUAAUAGGCCUACUGGCGUUCCUCGAAGUACUCCGGGAUAUACACCAGGGCAACUUUGAAAGACAAGUUAGCAACCGUACUACUGGUAUGAAUUGAGUAUUGCAGACUAGUGCUAAGCCCAUAGCAACAAGACUGCUAUUAUCAGAUAGCUAGGACUUAUUCUACAGCUCUUUCACACAAGGGAACGUAUGGGGAUAUCUAAAGAGAAAGUUUCUAGUUCUGACUUCCUGCCUUAAAAGCAGAUUCAAAGAGACAAGAUCCAAUUCCUUCAGCCUAUUCACAGCGGAUGAAGUAAUAGCAUUGUACAAUUAGAACUUCAUACCUUUUUCUUGCUUUCUUGUUCUUAAGCCAGUUACAUACUUUAUUCGCCCGAGGGGUUCCUCCUUUUAGUCGAGUAUGUAAACAACCUGAAACUAAUGCUUUUUCCCUUUCUAGCUUUCCACCAUUAAGACUUGUUGACUUCCUACGCUAUUCGAUUCGCUGGCAUGUCCGGUCUCAUACGAAGGAAAGGCUGGAUGGUCAGUCACUCAUGAAUUCCUUCUCGAAUCACUACUGGAAUAUAGCUUAUAGAAAGAGCAGCUUGAAGCAAGUGGCAAUGCUAGAAGGGCAUUUCUUUCCCGCCUACUUGAGUAGCGCGUUGGAUCUAUGCUUAGGCAGCUUAAUCGAGACUUCAUAUACGUAGAUUGCCAUGUCUGUAUCCGAACGAAAAGACCUUCCUGAUGUUCUUGCCCUAUUUAAACCCCGGGCAAUUUCCAAAAGAAGAGAAAACAACCACCUCGGAACAAAUAUCAUGCAUACAUAGGAACCCGGCUUCGCUAACCUUUCUUACUUAGUCGUGAAACAACUGUUCCCAUCGAACGGAGAGAGAUAGUCAAAUGACAAAGAAAGGAAAGCAGACCUCGGAACGCGCUGCACAGCACGGAACAGCCAUUACAUCAGUGAUCGGCAAACAAAGAUAGAUACUUAACAGCAGCUACAAGCAACAAUAGCUACACCCGCCUAGGGACCACUCCAGAAGUAAGCUGCGAUUAACCAGCUCACUUCCCUCAUUCGAUAGGGAAGACAACCUGCAGGGAUACAUGCAUGAACAGGAAUACUGCUACGCUUACCUACCUGACCAUUCAUGCAACAACUUACUCACAUACCAACAAGGGAUAUGAAUUCUACUGAAGCUGCAAGCAACAGGAACUAGUGCCGCUUAGCUACGGUAGUUCGCAGGCCGUUCUUCACUACCUCCAUACAUGCUUCACACAGAAACAACUGCUGUGCAUACACAGAAACAAGGCAGCUAUGCACACUAACUAACCAUUCCUAUCGAUAGAAUACAAGUAAUGGCAGAUAGGAAGGAUAGUAUAAGGUAGGGACAGAUAGAUAGAAUAAUACGUAUAUAAUCAGAAGGCUGCUUAGAGGAGUGAUCUAGCUCUCUAACCUCUAACUAUCACUAAACUAAACAAAGUGGAAUUGAAUAAGAGAAAGAGAUUCGUUGGAUAAGUUGAGAACAAAGUGGUUCACAGGUAGCUCAGAUGGUUAGAGCAAAGGACUGUAAAUCCUUGUGUCAGUGGUUCGAAUCCACAACCACUUCUAUUCUCGGAGCUGAGGUAUAUGAAGAAUGGCCCUUUGGUCCUUUGGACACGUAGCCGAGAGCGAGCCGGAUUUUUAAAAUUCAAGUGAAAGAAGGAAGAAGGCAAAAAGCCGUAUAGUGCAGGAGGCAGAUGAAAAAAAAAAGCAAUUACAGUGAGACG